GACAAAUUUUCCCCCUUGUGUGGUUUGUUUAUUCGAUUGCAAAGUAGGUGGGUGGUGUUUGCGUGCGUGCGUGCCCAGCUUUUAGCACAAAAAGUUUCCUCCACAGAGCCCAUAACGAUAGCAUACCCGGCAGUGAGUGGUUGUUGAAUCGAAGAGCUUGUCCUGCUGCUAGAAAAUCGAACGAUUGUGACAUGGCUGACGCUAAAUCUGAAAUCGACAGCGAUGCGGAACAGAACUACUCGCUGAACAGCAAUGUCGAUCCGAAGAACAUGCAGGAGCUAACGAUAUACGUGCAAAAUUUGCUGCAGAACGUGCAGGAUAAGUUCCAGACGAUGUCGGAUCAGAUCAUUUCACGCAUCGACGACAUGGGCACCAGGAUAGAUGACCUUGAGAAAAGUAUUGCCGAUCUGAUGCAGCAGGCUGGCGUCGAAGGGCAGGAUAAGUAGGAGUAAUGCAAUGUGUUCCCUUAAUGAAUCGACCACUGGCCAUACAUUAUGGCUAAUUUGGAUGUAACACUCAUUUUCCAUUAAUAAUCAUCCUUCUAAAAACAAACAUAAACAAGCAUUCAAACACAAGCAUGCAUUUAUCUUUGAAUUAAGCGGAAAGUUCACAUUUGUAUCAGGUGAAACGGGGGAAUUAGGCUUAUAGUGAACCCUUGCAAUUGUGCACAGAUUGGCUGAUGAAACGAAUGGAAGUUUGCCCAAAUGCUUAUCCAUUAAGCGAGGUAACAAUCGCCUUCAAGGAUAUGAAGAUAUCGAUGGAAAUUAAAUUGCACAUACCUUGCAAAUAUUAGGACUAUCGGUAGGAAUACGUUCGAUUGUACACUUAAGCACUGAGAAUGAAUCUAUAAUAUAAAGCAGUAAAAUGUUUUGCGUGAAAAGGGAACAAGAAAGAACAAUACUAACAAUGUACAGAAUCGGCUGUGGACGGGAAGAUAUAUUGCUCAAUGCGUAAAAGGCACGUAAGUAGUAACGAGGGAAUUGUUACCAUUUAACCAUAGUAACCGUAUAAUUCCGUCGGUUACUGCUUGUAACCAGCAGCAAAUAGAAUACAGUUUGCUAGUAACGGUCACAGUACCUAAUAGAGUUUGGUUCGAUUCAACAGGACUGGUCGCUAGGGAACGUUUUUGUAACUUUUCUACGUAGUAUUGAUUCACUUUGAACGUAACUAUCAUUCGAUACUUCCUUAAAGCCACCAGAAUAUUGUUGCUCUGUAACAAAGGGUAAAAUUAUGGCUUAAAGUU